UUUUAACUGGAACCCCAGUGCGUGUCCAACCUUUCGAAGUCGAACAAGUUUCCUUGUUACAAUGAUGUGGAAGACUGUCUUGAUAACGAUUUUCGCUGCCGGUGUGUUGGCUGAUGACUUUAGUCAGAUUACAGCGGUUGUGACCUCGCAAUGCACCAAGAACAAUGCUGAAGACAAAGUCCCUGAAGUUGAAGCAGCAUUGCGUACCUUUGGAAACUGCCUCAAGGGACUGGUCGAUUUAAAUGUUCUGAAAACCGAAAUUGAAGAAGCCAAGCCAAACGGUGCACUCGACGAGGUUUUCAAGAAGUACUGUGACAAGAGUGCUCAACUGAAAGGCUGUAUCAGCUCGGUGCUGCAGGGCGUGCGUCCUUGUGUAGGCAACGACUAUGCGAACCACAUCAAUGAUGCCCAAAACAGUACCAAUCAACUCAUCGACUUUGUAUGCUAUAAGGACGGAGACCGGAUUGCUUUGUUCAUCGCGGAAGGCGGCCCUGAGUGCUUCCAGCAAAAGACUGAGAAUCUCAAGACAUGCUUUUUAAAUUUGAAACAGAGCUUCCCCACUGUGGAAUCCGCCAAUAGCUUGAGCCUUGUUGAAAAAUGCGCAAAAGUUGAUGAGAUGACCUCCUGUAUCGUGAAAUCCCUCGAAGAGUGUUCCACACCGACACCCGCUAACAUGGCGGAAUCACUGAUCAAGUUCAUGCGCAAAGAAUCUCCUUGCCACACCGCUCUGCCCAAGACAGACUGAUUGCACCGUCGGACUUCUUUCCGUUAAUACUAGUGCCAUCACAAAAUUAAUGACCUUUGAAAGCUUCUUUCAAAUAAAUUUUAGAUAAGAAAUCUUUUACAAACAA